AGACCAAGAUGUUUCCCCUUUACCUUCAAUCGCGGUCCUGUGAAAAGAUGAAUGUCGUCAAAGAAAACAAAGACCUGGCCUGUUUCUACACCACCAAACACUCCUGGAGGGGAAAGUACAAGCGAGUCUUCUCAGUGGGGACUUAUGGCAUUACCACUUACAACCCUGCCACGCUAGAAGUAACAAAUCAGUGGCCUUAUGGGGACAUCUGUGGUAUCGGUCCGGUAGGAAAAGGUCAGGGAACAGAGUUCAACCUUACAUUCCGCAAAGGCAGCGGCAAGAAGUCAGAAACGCUCAAGUUCUCAACAGAGCACCGGACAGAGCUGCUCACAGAAGCACUGAGAUUCAGAACAGAAUUUUCAGAGGGAAAAAUAACUGGCAGGCGUUACAACUGCUACAAGCACCACUGGAGUGACGCACGGAAGCCAGUGAGUUUAGAGGUGACACCGGGCGGCAUCGACCAGAUCGACCCGCAAACCAACCGGGUGGUGUGUUCCUACGACUAUCGUAAUGUGGAGGGCUUCGUCGAGGUCUCUGAUUACCAGGGAGGAUUCUGCAUCCUUUAUGGGGGCUUCAGCAGGCUGCAUCUGUUUGCCUCGGAGCACCGGGAUGACAUCAUCCGCUGUGCAAUUGAGCAUGCUGGGAACUUCAUCGGUAUCAUGCUACGACUGAGGAAGGAGACGUUGACCUUCGAGGAUUUUGUGACAGACAGGUUGGGGAAGUACAGCUCAGACGACAGCAUCACUUCACUGGCUGAGUUUGUGGUCCAGAAGAUCACCCCACGACACCCGGAGCCUGUUAAGCGUAUACUAGCCCUGACAGAGACUUGUCUAGUCGAGAGAGACCCAGCUUCGUACAACAUAGUCACCAUCAAACCCUUCGGCGAGGUAUUUGCUCUCAUCUGUGACGUAGACAACCCUCAGGUGUUUACAGUCGAAUUCAUCAGAGGUCAGAUCCGAAAGUUUUCCUCCACAGAAAGGGACUCCCUGUUAGCCAGCCUACUUGAUGGAGUCCGCGCAUCAGGCAACAGGGACGUGUGCGUCAAGAUGGCCCCCACGCAGCGAGGACAAAGAUGGGGCCUACUGAGCAUGCCCGUGGAUGAGGAGGUGGAGAGUUUGCAUCUCAAAUUCCUGGCAGCACCUCCUAAUGGAAACUUUGCAGAUGCAGUGUUCAGAUUCAAUGCCAACAUAUCCUACAGUGGAGUGCUGCAUGCAGUAACCCAAGAUGGUCUUUUCUCUGAGAACAAAGAGAAGCUCAUCAACAACGCCAUCCUGGCUCUUUUAUCCCAGGAGGCCGAGCUGCCGGCUCUUAACACUGAGCUGGAGAGCCAUUUCCAGGCCAUUCGACGCUUGGUGGCCUCCAAGGCUGGCUUCCAGGCUUUCACCCAGCUGCCUAAGUUCAGGGAGAAGUUGGGAGUAAAAACGGUAAAAGCUUUAAAAAGGAACAACAACAGCGUGACACAUGCUGCUGUAGACAUGCUCUGUGCCCUUAUGUGUCCAAUGCACGAUGACUAUGACCUUAGGCAGGAGCAGCUGAACAAGGCCUCUCUGCUUUCCUCCAAGAAGUUCCUGGAGAACCUCCUUGAAAAAUUCAUCACUAACGUGGACCAUGGAACAGGAGCUUUGGUGAUCAGCUCCUUACUGGACUUCUUAACGUUUGCCCUGUGCGCCCCCUACAGUGAAACCACAGAAGGGCAGCAGUUUGACAUGCUGCUUGAGAUGGUUGCCUCCGAUGGUCGCACCUUGUUCAAACUCUUCCAGCAUCCCUCUAUGGCAAUAGUGAAGGGAGCAGGCCUGGUGAUGAAGGCCAUUAUUGAGGAAGGAGACAAGGAAAUAGCCACCAAGAUGCAGGACCUGGCCUUGAGUGAAGGGGCUCUUCCGAGGCAUCUGCACACUUCUUUGUUCACCAUCAGCGCUGACCAGCGGAUGCUUACCAACAGGCAGCUAAGUCGUCACCUGGUGGGACUUUGGACGGCAGAAAACCCUGUUGCCAUGAACCUUCUGAAAAGGAUACUGCCAACAGGCCUGCUGGCUUACCUGGACAGUCCUGACCCAGUCCCGGAGAAAGAUAUGGACAGAAUGCACGUCCGUGACAACUUGAAAAUCGCCACGGACCAGCUAAAUCGAAACAAGGUGCCGGAAUGGCAGCGUAUAGCCGGCAAAGCAGCCAAAGAGGUGGAGAAGUUUGCCAAGGAGAAGGCUGAUGUAGUGUUGAUGCCACACUGGAGAAAAAAAAAAAAAAAAAAAAAAAGGAAAGAUAGGGGUAAAAAAAAAAGGCAGGACAGAAAUAACCUGAACCCAAACCAAAAGCCUGUCAUCCUGAGAAAGAGACGCCAGAGAAUAAAGAUUGAAGUCAACUGGGAGCUUUUCUACUACAGAUUCCAGCUCGACCAUGCACGGUCCAACCUCAUCUGGAACCUGAGGACGAGAGAGGAGCUGCGGGACGCUCUGGAAGGGGAGAUGCGCGCCUUUAGCGUGGACCGCGAGCUCGGCAGUGCCACCGUCAUCUCCUGGAACCACCAGGAGUUUGAGGUGAAAUAUGAGUGCCUUUCAGAUGAGAUUAAGAUUGGGGAUUAUUACCUGCGUCUGCUGCUUGAGGAGGAUGAAAGUGACGAAUCGAAUGCCAUCAAGAGAUCAUAUGAGUUCUUCAAUGAACUCUACCAUCGCUUUCUGCUUACACCAAAAGUUACGAUGAAGUGCCUGUGCCUGCAGGCACUUGCUAUAGUCUAUGGGAAAUGCUACGAUGAAAUUGGCCCCUUCACAGACACUAAAUACAUUGUGGGCAUGCUGGACCGAUGUACAGACAAACUGGAAAGAGACAGACUCAUCCUCUUCCUCAACAAACUCAUUCUCAACAAGAAAAAUGUGAAGGAGGUAAUGGACUCAAAUGGAGUGCGUAUAUUGGUGGAUCUGCUCACCAUGGCCCACCUGCAUACCAGCAGAGCUACUGUGCCCCUACAGAGCAACGUGCUGGAGGCAUCGCCAGACAUGAAGAGGGAGAGUGAGAAAGAGUGGUACUUUGGUAACGCAGACAAGGAAAGAAGAGGGCCUUUCAGUUUUGAGGAGAUGCAGGACUUUUGGAGCACGGGUGUCCUGACAGCGAAGACAAGAUGCUGGGCUCAGGGGAUGGAUGGCUGGCGCCCUCUGCAGGCCAUCCCCCAGCUAAAAUGGUGCCUCCUGGCCACUGGACAGGCAGUAAUGAACGAAUCCGACCUGGCUACACUAAUCCUUAACAUGCUGAUCACCAUGUGCUCCUACUACCCCAGCAGAAAACCAACUUAUGUUUCUAUUCAUCUAUAUUUAACUGGGAUCUUCUUCUUCAUCAUGAUGUACACAGGCUCUAACGUGCUUCCUGUAGCAAGGUUCCUGAAGUACACACAUCUGAAACAAGCCUUCAAAUCAGAGGAGUCUAAGGGUCAGGACAUAGUGCAGCGUAGUGUUCUGGGGCCGGUACUGCCUGAGGCCAUGGUGUGUUAUCUGGAGAACUAUGAGGCUGAGCGCUUCUCAGAGAUAUUCCUUGGAGAAUUUGACACACCUGAGGCCAUUUGGAGCAGUGAGAUGAGGCGCAUGAUGAUCGAGAAGAUAGCUGCCCACAUAGCUGACUUCAGCCCCAGGCUGCAGAGCAACACGCGGGCCCUUUACCAGUACUGCCCCAUCCCCGUGGUCAGCUUCCCUCAGCUGGACAACGAGCUCUUCUGCAACAUCUACUACCUCAGACAUCUGUGUGACACCAUCCGCUUCCCCAACUGGCCCAUUCGAGAUGCUGUAAAGCUGCUAAAAGACACCCUUGAAGCUUGGAAGAGGGAGGUGGAGAAAAAGCCUCCCUCUAUGUCUGUCGAUGAUGCAUACGAAGUCCUCAACCUCCCGAAAGGACAGGGGCAGCAUGAGGAGAGUAAAAUCAGAAAAGCUUACUUCAGACUGGCGCAGAAGUACCAUCCAGACAAGAACCCUGAGGGCAGGGACAUGUUUGAGAAAGUCAACAAAGCCUACGAGUUCCUUUGCACAAAGUCUGCCCGUAUCUUGGAUGGCCCCGACCCAGAAAACAUCAUCCUUAUCCUCAAGGCUCAGAGCAUCCUGUUCAACCGACACAAACAAGAACUGGAACCUUACAAAUACGCCGGUUAUCCCAUGCUCAUCAAAACAAUCACAAUGGAAACCGAAGAUGAGCUGCUCUUCUCCAAAACCUCCCCUCUCCUCCCGGCUGCUGCAGAACUGGCCUUUCACACCGUCAACUGCUCGGCUCUUAAUGCAGAGGAGCUGCGCCGCGACAACGGCAUUGAGGUGUUGCUAGAUGCUCUCUCUCGGUGUGUUGCUGUGUUAACCGCAUCCAGCAAGCCUGGUGACAUGGCUGUACAGGUGUGCGGGCACAUCUGUAAGUGCUACAGUGUUGCAGCCCAGUUUGAGGAAUGCAGGGAAAAGAUCAUCGAACUGCCCACCAUCAUCAGGGACCUCUGUCACAUCUUGUUCUAUGGAAAGGGCCUCCCGAAAACUGCCGCCCUGGCAGUGCAGUGUGUGAGCUCCUUCGCGGUGGAUUUCUUCCUACAGACUCAUCUGUACCACGCUGGUGUGCUCUGGCACCUGCUGGUCCACCUCUUCAACUACGACUACACUCUGGAGGAGAGCGGCGUGCAGGCGAACCAGGACACAAACCAACAGGAGGUUGCAAACAGCCUGGCCAAGCUCAGCCUGCUAGCUCUCAGCCGUCUGGGAGGCUACACCCAGACACCACACACCCCGGACGGUAACAAUCCUGUUCCAGAGACCAACGGCAUUGAGGGCACACCUCCAGAGAACCCCACCAUCCGCAAGAGCUUAGCAGCCAUGCUGACACCAUACAUCUCGAGGAAGCUGGGAACAGGAUCUCCAUCUGAGGUCUUGAAGCUGCUGAAUAGCAACUCGGAGAACCCAUACUUGAUCUGGAACAAUGGAACCCGAGCCGAGCUGCUGGAGUUCCUGGAGGGUCAGCAGGAGGGAAACAUCAAGAGGGGAGAAAAUGACAAAAGCUUUGGUGCGGAGUUUGUGUUCAGUGAUCACAGCAAAGAGCUGAUAGUUGGGGAGAUCUUUGUCCGCGUCUACAAUGAGCAACCAGCUUUUCCUCUUGAGUACCCAAAAGCAUUUGCAGCCAGUCUUCUGGACUACGUAGGCUCCCAGGCCCAGUACCUCCACACUCUGCUGGCCAUGAGUCAGAGUAACAAAGUAGAGUCCCAGCAACAUGCUGAGAGGCUCCGCUUCGCUGAGAUGGCUUUAGAGGCUCUCCGCAAUGUCAUCAAGAACAACCCCGGUUCGGAGUCGGAGUGCAUCGGCCAUUUCAAACUGCUCUUCUCUUUGUUGCGGGUUCAUGGAGCUGGCAGAGUACAGCAGCUGGUUUUGGAGGUUGUAAAUACGGUGACGUCAAACCAAGAAUGCGUUAGCAACAUUGCCGAGUCGUUGGUGUUGUCCAACCUUCUGUUGCUGCUGCACUCACUCCCCUCCAGUAGGCAAAUGGUGCUGGAAACCUUGUAUGCGCUGGCUUCUAACACAAAGAUAGUCAAAGAGGCUAUGGCCAAAGGUGCUCUGAUCUACUUGCUAGACCUCUUCUGUAACUGCACGCAUCCCCAAGUUCGCACACAGACUGCAGAGCUCUUCUCCAAGAUGACCUCAGACAAGCUGGUCGGGCCAAAGGUGCGUCUAACGCUGAUCCGUUUCCUUCCUGGUGUGUUCAUGGACGCCAUGCGAGACAACGCUGAGGCAGCAGUGCACAUAUUCGAGGGAACACACGAGAACCCUGAGCUCAUCUGGAAUGACAGCUCAAGGGAGAAAGUGUCCACCACUGUCCGGGAGAUGAUGCUUGAGCACUUUAAACAGCAGAAGGAUAAUCCUGAUGUGAACUGGAAAUUGCCAGAGGACUUCACAAUGGCUUAUGGAGCAGGACAGGGCGAGCUAGAAGUUGGUGGAGUCUUCUUGCGUAUCUUUAUUGCUCAGCCAGGCUGGGUGCUUCGCAAGCCUCGAGAGUUCCUGGUGUCGCUCCUGGAGACCCUGACUGAGCUGCACGAGAAAAACAACCCCAAUGGUGAGGCCCUAGAGACGGUUACUACGGCAGCAGUAUGUCUGUUCAGCACACAGAGCCAGCUGGCUGACCAGGUUCCUCCUCUGGGUCACCUGCCUCGAGUCCUAGCAGCACUCAACCACAAGAACAACGCUGUGCCCAAGAGCUCCAUCCGCCUCAUCCACGUGCUAUCGGACAAUGAGCUGUGUGUACGCUCCAUGGCUUCUCUGGAGACUAUCGGCCCCCUAAUGACUGGGAUGAAAGCUCGGGCAGACAUGGCCGGAUUAGCUUGUGAAGCUCUAAACCGCAUGUUCCAGAAGGAGCAGUCAGAACUAGUAGCCCAGGCUCUCAGAAUGGAGCUGGUCCCAUACCUUCUGAAGCUAUUGGAAGGAAUCGGCCUAGAGACAUUAGAUAACCCUUCAGCUACCAAGGCCCAGAUAGUGAAGGCUCUCAAGUCCAUGACUCGCAGUCUGCAGUACGGAGAACAGGUGAAUGAGAUUCUAGCGAAGUCCUCAGUGUGGAGUGCCUUCAAAGACCAGAAACAUGAUCUUUUCAUCUCAGAGUCUCAGACCGCAGGCUACCUGACUGGUCCAGGAGUAGCAGGUUACCUUACAGCAGGAACUGGCACCCCGGUAAUGCCCAACGUCCCACCCCCUGUGGACAAUGACAUUGGAGACCAAGGCUGAUGGACACUCUCACAGUCACGCUCUGGCACCCAGACUGCCCUGCAGCUUCACGGCCGCAGCUCAGAGAGGGACUGUUCGGCUCCCAGACGAGGGGAUGGAGAGGGAGAAAAGACGGAGGAGAGCGGGCCAUCUUUGACCGUCACCAAAAUCUCUGCAACACCUUCUCCAUUAUCACUCUCCUCUCCCCUUACAAAUGGCACUCAAGUCUUCAUAAACACUUUGAAAUUGUUUUAACGGAUGACCACAUUUGUCUUGUUUCUGUGCUUCUUUUCUUGUUUCUUCCAGUGACACACAGAAGAGGUUACAUUUUGUAUGAAUAUAUUUUUUACUCUAGAUUUUGUUUUUUCAUGACAUUGGAAGACUGAGGUGUGUUAUACUGAAGGUUAACUGUCUCUUCUCUAUUACCUUAUUUCCUCUUUCUCAUAUUCUGAUUGGCUACACUUACCCUAAAUCCUGAACAGAGGAUUCUUGGCCUUGUUUGUGACACAUUUGUGCACAGGACCUAUCUUACAUAAUAUAAUGGAUUCUCAUACGACAAAGGAGAAAAUGUUAAAUUAGGGAAUUAGAGGAUAUAUUUAUGAUUUCUCUUUCCUAUUUCUCUACAAGAAAAUGUCACUUGAACCCUGGGAGUGAUGCUGACCUCUUGUCUGGUUUGGUCAAGUCCUGUUCAAUCCAGUCUUUCAAAGUUAACACAGAUCCGCUCUCCAAAUGUUCAGCCUCUUAUUCCUCUGAUCUUAAUUCAUAGUUCAUUCUGCUCUCUCUUUGAAGGCUUUUAAAGUAAUUACCCCCCCCCAAAUGCAAAAAGCACUAGAUUAUUUAUAAGUGAAUAAUAACCACCGGAAAUGAGCUUCUGCUAAGACAUGACGAAUGAUGUUGACUCUGAUUAUGAAUCUAUGUGAAAGACUAGUGCAAUUUGUGAAAUGUUCAAUGUAAUAUUACGUAUAUAAACUUUCUAUAUUGAAUGUACAUUUUAAAAAAAAUCAGUCGCACUUGUACAUAAAAUUUUAAGAAUAAAAGGGAAUCCACAAUGUU